GAAGCUGAAGACGUGACACACACGCUAACAUUUUGCGUCAUGACGUAAGAGGGAGUGUCCAAACAAAGGGCAGAAAAAGGGGACUCCACAAUGGGAGCAGAUAGUUUUCAAGACCAGCUAGCAGAGGACAGCACCUUCCUCAAAGCUGACCACAGACUGGACACAGAGCUAGUGGAUAAACUCAUACUUCAACUUAACCGGAUUUAUCCCCAAAUACUCACAGAUAAAGAGGCCUCCAGAUUUCGUAACUUAGAUGUGCCCACCAGUGUCCGGCUUGGUGAGCUGUUGACACAUUUGCAGAGUAAAGGAGAGGAGGCCUGUCGAGAAUUUUAUAGAGCUCUACACUUGCAUGUGGAAGAGGUAUACUACAGUUUACCAACCCGACUUCGCCUCAGGGAUUCUUUAGAUCCAUUGAGAUAUUCACAAAAUCUCCAGCAGAAGCAUGUUCUGAAUGAUCAAGGGCCUGCCUUCUUCAUUGGUUGUUUCAGUGUUGCAUUGGGACUGGCUUUGAUCUAUUACUAUGGAGAAGCUAAAUUGACAGGAGGCAGCCGCGCGUUGGGGAUGGCAGCUCUAGGUCUGAAGAAAAAGGCUCAAGAGGUUCUCAUAUGGUACACAGAAGAAACACUCAAGAAAUAAUAUAGUGCUUUAUUACACCAUUUUUUUUCUACAGUUACUCCUCACCGUGAAUGUAUAAACUGCCAAAGCACACUAUUUUUUAAACCUUAAAGUAAGUUUGUAACAUUUUGUAUUGUUUCCAGUUUAGGUGGUUGGUGGUUCUAUAAAGAAAAUGGAACAUUCAUAAUCUAUUCUGCGAUUUAUGUAGAAUUUUGAGGCCUUCGUUUUUUAACAUAUCCACUACACGUUUAUAUACGAGAAAUAUUACGAAUUUAAAUAGGUAUAGUUAGGCCUGUAAGUAAAACAGUAAAAUUUAGCGCCCUCCUGUGGUUGUAUGAGUUACUACACCAAACUUGGGCGUGCUAUUUCUUAGAUGCCAUUCACCUCUAUAAAUGGGUUGAGUCUACUGAUUACGAACAAAUUUAGGCACGAGCAUUUUCAGUAGUAUGUGAAGCGCUUUCAGGAUCGUUUCAGUUUGGUAAGGGAAAAAUGGGUCAGCAACUAAUUUGCAUCAUAUGCUCGCAUUGCAUUAUGGAAUUCUAGCUAAAUAUAUGUUUAAAAAAGUGAAUGUAUAUUAAAUAUAUAAAUUCAAUGCACGGAAAAUUUUAUUCUAUAGUCAAAGUCCGUCCUGUGAUUGAAGAACUGAUACUACUAGGCCUGCUAAUUUGUGGAACCAUGUCCAAGGCACCUGUCUUAUUUGACUCUUCAUAAAGUAGAGCUCCCUCUUUUUAGCAAGAGUUGUAUAAAAGGUAAGAGUAGCAGUUUCCAAGACGAUAAUACAUUUGUAGUAUGUGGCCUCCUACAUGCUCAGUAUUUACUGUUUUAUUCUAAAUAUUUACGAACUAAAUCCACUCCCUGUGUCAGUGACAAAUUACUUAAUAUCCACUUUUCUGGAAUCUCCAGCAGGAUGCAGCUUCUUCCUGCUGGAUAGGCUGCGAGUUAGAGCCAGUAAUUUCCUUAUCUUGAAUACAAUUUUAUUUUACUGGUCUGCAUAUAUAAGAAAAUGCGUGAAACUUUAACCAAAAUUAACUGUCAGAAUUUACUUUUUAAGUGCUUGUAUUUUGGCAGCUGCUCAAUAAUGGACUAAAACAUGACUUGUGUUCUGUAAAGCCUUGCAUUGAGAUAUGCAUUGGUCAUUUGUAUCAUUGUGUUUCUAUUAAACAAAGGUGCCUAACUACA